AUGCUCUUCCUCUUACAAAAUUUUGUGGAUGCUUCUUUGGAGGAAGCCCAUGCUCUUCUUAAAUGGAAAGCAAGCCUUCAAAUCCCAAACAACUCCUCCGUGUCUUCAUGGCUUCCUCUCCCUAUUAAUCCCAGUGCAUCGGUUCCAUGCACUUCUUGGGUUGGAGUGGUUUGCAAUGCUGAUGGGAACAUUCAAAAGUUGAACCUCAGUUCAUCUGGAUUAAGUGGUACUCUUCACCAAUUUUCAUUUUCUUUGCUACACAAUCUUACACAUUUUGAUCUCAGUGUAAACAAUUUUGUUGGCCCCAUCCCAUCUGAAAUCCGAAUUCUGUCCAAACUUGUCUAUCUUGAUUUAAAAAAGAACAAGUUUUCUGGAGUAAUCCCACCUGAGAUAGGAAACAUGAAUCAACUCUUUGGUUCCAUUCCUAUUAAACUUGGGAAUUUGAAAUCUCUCACUAGACUUGUGGUGAGUGAAAAUCAACUCAGUGGUUCUAUUCCAUCAUCACUAGCAAACCUAAGCAACCUACGGUUUUUAUACCUCUAUCACAAUAAAUUAUCUGGUCUCAUUCCUACUGAAAUUGGGAAUUUGAAGUCUCUCAUUAUUCUUUCGGCAAACACCAAUUUCCUUAAUGGUUCUAUUCCUUCAUCACUAGCAAACCUGAGCAACUUACGAUAUUUGUAUCUCUAUGAGAAUAAAUUAUCAGGUCUCAUUCCUAUUGAACUUGGGAAUUUGAAGUCUCUCAUUGAACUUGAGGUGAGCAACAAUCAACUUAGUGGUUCUAUUCCUUCAUCACUAGCAAACCUGAGCAACCUACAGUAUAUGCACCUCUAUAAGAAUAAAUUAUGUGGUCUCAUUCCUAUUGAACUUGGAAAUUUGAAGUCUCUCACUAUUCUUGAGUUGAGCCACAAUCAACUUAGUGGUUCUAUUCCUUCAUCACUAGCAAACCUGAGCAACUUACAAUAUUUGUAUCUCAAUGAGAAUAAAUUAGUUGGGCUCAUUCCUAUUGAACUUGGAAAUUUGAAGAACCUCAUGCAUCUUGUGGUUAACUACAACCAACUUAGUGGUUCUAUUCCUUCAUCACUAGGAAACCUAAGCAACCUACAACUUUUGUACCUCUAUGAGAAUAGACUAUCUGGUCCUAUUCCUAUUGAACUUGGGAAUUUGAAGUCUCUCUCUGAUCUUGAGGUGAGUGAGAAUCAACUUAGUGGUUUUAUUCCUUCAUCCUUAGGAAACCUCACCAACCUACAGUGGUUGUACCUCAAAGAUAAUAAUUUUUCUGGUCCUAUUCCUACAGAACUUGAGAAUUUGAAGUCUCUCAUUGAUCUUGUAGUGAGCCGCAAUCAACUUAGUGGUUCUAUUCCGUCUUCGUUGGCUGAUUUGACAUCGAUAAAUCACCUUUAUUUGCAGCAAAAUCAGCUCUCUGGUCCUAUUCCUAUUGAACUUGUUAAUUUGAAGUGUCUUAUUGAUCUUAAGGUGAGCCACUAUCAACUUAGUGGUUCCAUUCUUCAGGAGUUUGGAAAUUUAACUCAACUACAAAGGCUUGAUCUGUCUUCGAAUCAUUUGGUUGGUGAGAUUCCAAAGGAGUUUGGGAAGAUGAAAAGUAUGUUGUAUUUAUACUUGUCUGAUAACCAACUUUCAGGUACCAUACCUCUGGAGCUUGGGUUCUAUGAGCUCCUUGAAGUACUCGAUCUCUCAAGGAAUAGACUGAAUGGGUCCAUACCAAAAAGUAUUGGUCAAUGGGCUCAAAUUCACUACUUGAAUCUUAGUAAUAACAAGCUCAGUGAGAAAAUUCCAUCUGAAAUAGGUAAGUUAAGGCAACUUACAGAACUUGAUUUAUCUCACAAUUCGCUCAUGGAACAGAUACCAUCUGAAGUUCAAAGUCUACAAAAAUUGGAGAAACUAGAUCUUUCUCACAAUAGACUAUCUGGUUCAAUUCCUAAUGCAUUCGCAAAUUUGCCACAUGGGAUUGAUAUCAACCUGGCGUAUAAUGAGCUGUCAGGUCUAGUUCCCCGCUAUGUUGUCUUUGUAAAUGCGUCCAUACAACUGUUACAAGGCAAUCCAGGUUUGUGUGGAAAUGUUACAGGGCUGAAACUUUGUGCAAGUCAAAUUAUAAUGAAGAAAAAUCAUCCAUUUCAUCAUAGGGUCAUUCUUGUAGUUAUGCUCCCUCUUCUUGGAGCAGCUUUACUUGGUUUCUUCAUGUGUCGCCUCAUUGCUUAUCAACAACAAAAGAAAAAAGUUCCACAGAAAGGAUUGGAUGAAGAAAGUGGUGAUUACUUCUUCAUAAAAAGUUUGGGUGGAAGAGUAGUGUAUGAUGAUAUCUUGAUGGGAACAAAUAAUUUUAAUGAAGCAUAUUGUAUUGGGACCGGAGGAUACGGUAUUGUGUACAAAGUCGAGCUAAAACCUAACAAUGUGGUAGCUGUCAAGAAACUUCACUCCUCGCCUGAGAAUGUUGAUCGCAAUGGUUUCCUUAAUGAGGUACGAGCAUUGACGAACAUAAGGCAUCGAAACAUAGUGAAACUCUAUGGAUACUGCUUCCAUGCCCACCACUCAUUUUUGAUUUAUGAAUACCUUGAAAAGGGGAGCCUAGGAUCAAUCUUAAGAAGCGAUGUUUUAGUAAAAGAAUUGGAUUGGUUGAAAAGGGUCAAUAUUGUAAAGGCUGUAGCUAAUGGUUUGGCUUAUAUGCAUCAUAAUUGCUCACCUCCUAUAAUUCAUAGAGACAUUUCCAUAGCCAACAUCCUUCUUGAUUCUGAUUAUGAGGCACAUAUUUCUGAUUUUGGCACGUCCAAGCUUUUAAAGCUAGACUCAUCAAACUGGACCGCAAUUGCAGGCACCUAUGGUUAUAUUACGCCAGAGCUUGCUUAUACGAUGAUCGCAACUGAGAAAUGUGAUGUGUAUAGCUUUGGAGUUGUUGCACUAGAAGUGAUCAUGGGAAAGCAUCCAGGAGAACUCAUAACAUCUUUACCAACACUGUCUGCUGAUUAUCUAGUGCCAGAAAUUAUGGGAGAUAGUCGGAUACCACCUCCCUCAUCACAAGUUCAGAAACAACUUAAGUCGGUACUAAGUCUCUCAAGAGCAUGUUUGAAAUCCAAUCCACAUGAAAGACCAACAAUGUGUAGAGUUUCAAAUAUGUUAAUGAAGGAUCAACUUUGA